AUGACUGCGCCAUCGCAAGGGCGCCACCCAACCGGGACUGCUACCAGCCUUGCCGCCCUCUACGCUCCACAAAUCAAAGGGAAGAUCAUUCUGACGACAGGGGUCUCGCCUUCUGGAUUGGGGGCUGCCUUCGUCAAGGUAAUUGCAAAAUGGGAGCCUUCCGUGCUUAUCCUGGCGGGUCGCAACGCGUCCAAGGUCCAGGCCACUGCGAAAGGCCUAGUUGAAGAGGGGUCACUCUCACCUAGCCAGGUGCGAACGCUCGAAGUGGACUUGGCAUCACUUGGCGCGGUUCGGGCGGCUGCGACAACAAUAAACAACUGGAAGGAUAUUCCAUCCAUUGAUAUCCUGGUAAACAACGCAGGAAUCAUGGCGGUGGAGCAUGCAGUGUCUCCAGACGGCUACGAAUCUCAGCUGGCGACCAAUCAUCUCGGUCCAUUUCUCUUUACGAACUUGAUCAUGGGUAAGGUUCUAGCUUCCGCUGCGCCUCGUAUCGUUAUGGUCAGCAGUGAUGGCCACCGGCUCUGCCCAUUCCGGUUCCACGACUACAACUUCCGAGACGGCGAGACGUAUAACCGGUGGCAGGCUUAUGGCCAAUCCAAGUCAGCCAAUAUGCUCAUGGCCCUCUCGCUGGCGCAGAAACUGGGAUUGAGGCACAACCUUCUGGCCUUCAGCCUGCAUCCGGGCGUCAUCAACACCGCUCUAGGCGACCACUUGGAUUGGAACACGGCGUUCCCUGCACUGCUGGAGAUCGAUCGAUUCUUUGGGAACCCACAAGCGUGGAUGACGUCCUUUCCCUUCGUCUCGCCGGAUCAAGGGGCCGCCACGCACGUCUUUGCUGCGUUUGAUCCAGAUAUUUCAGAACACAACGGCGCGUACCUUCAGGACUGUCACAUCGCAGACCCAUGGACGGAGACAGUCAAGCCCUGGGCGACAAGUGCGGUAGAGGCGGAGAAGCUGUGGAAGAUGAGCGAGCAGCUUGUUGGUCAGAAGUUUGACUAUUGA